AAGCAGUAUCAGCAGAAACAGCCAUCGACCAGUUACAGUGAUGAUGAUCACGUUAACAAUAUAACACCUCGAUCAUCGAAUGAAACUCUGCGAAUGAUGUUGGAAAUGAAACAUAGAAUUGAAAAAAAUAAACGGAUAUUAAGUGCGUCGUGUCCAUUGAUUAAAAGUAACCAUUCGACAUCACCACCUUCAUUAUCAGUGCAAGGUAGAGGGAUUGAUAUUGCAGGUCGAUUGCAUGACGGUGUGCAUUUGGAUGAUGAGAACUCCGCAGAGGAUAGUACUGAAGACGUGCCCAAUGAUAAGAACGGUAGUGUUGAUUCGUCGUCAUGCACACCAAAGAAGACUAAUGAUGGCGAAUCUUCUUCGUACAUAUUUCGCUCCACAUUGGAUUGUAUCAAACAAGAGCUGUCAGCCUUAACAGAAGUUCGAUCGAGAAUAUCGUUACAGUCUAAUUCACCACAAUGCAAUGUCAGUCCCCCAACAACGUCAGUCUCUCCUCCACAGUCUCAAAUGAAUGUUAUUCCAAUAGGAGUGGAUAAGUAUUUGUCAGGUGGCUUUAUUAAAUGGUGUAAACGUAUUGAAUGGAUCGUUGACGAGAGUGAAUUAGUGGCGAAAAUGGUACAGAAUUCUGCGAAUUGUUCAUUUGGAUCGAUUCUUUUGACGGGUGCGCCUUGCACUGGUAAGUCGUGUUUAUCGGCGGUGAUUGCGAAAGGUAUCAGUAAGAAAGGAAUUCGAUUGUUGAGUGGUGAUGAUAUAAUUGGA